GCCCCAAACAGCCUUGCGUCCCGACGAUGGUACGCUUCGCUCGACUUACCCGCCCUCGACAAGAAAUGGCGUCAAAGAUGGAAUGAAGCCCAGGAUGAUAGUCGGGUCGCUAGUACAUCAUCGACCGCCGACCUAGACACGGAAUACGUGCUGCCCAUGUUCCCAUAUCCAUCCGGUACACUUCAUCUUGGCCAUUUCCGAGUGUACACCAUUACCGACGUUGUCGCUCGAUAUCGCAUGUUGAAGGGUGACAAGGUCUUCCUGCCCAUGGGCUGGGAUUCCUUUGGGCUACCGGCUGAAAAUGCGGCCAUGGAAAGAGGAAUUGCUCCCAAUGUCUGGACCGAGAGCAACAUUGCUAAAAUGAAGGAGCAACUUGAACAAAUGAACGGAAGUUGGACCUGGGACCGAGAAUUGACGACUUCCGAUCCCGAAUUCUACAAACAUACGCAGAAGCUGUUCCUCAUGCUACACGAACGAGGACUGGCAUAUCAGACCGAGGCCGAAGUAAACUACGACCCGGUCGACAAGACGGUGCUGGCAAAUGAACAGGUAGAUUCUAAUGGCCUGUCUUGGCGAUCUGGCGCCAAGGUAGAGAAACGGAAAUUAACGCAGUGGUUUUUCAAAAUAUCCGAAUUUCGGGAAGCACUGCUCAAGGACCUGGACACACUUGCUGCGGGCGAGGCAUGGCCGGAACGUGUCCUGGUGCAGCAAAAGAAUUGGCUGGGAAAGUCCAAGGGCGCACUGAUCAAAUUUCCUGUCAUGGCCCUCGGCCAUGACAUCAAGUCUGCGAUUGAAGUGUUUACAACGAGGCCAGAUACUUUGUUCGGCGCGCAGUACAUUGCGCUCGCCUCUUCGCACCCUAUCGUGGAGCAACUGGCCAAAGCGGACCCCGAGCUGUGCGCCUUUCUCGACACGAUCCCAGCACUACCUGCGGACUCUAAAGUUGGAUACCUUUUGCCAGGCUUGCGGGCGGUGAACCCACUUGCAUAUCACGAGGACACACCCUCUGCUACCAAGGCAUCGAUGCCAAUCUACGUCGCCCCAUAUGUUCUAGGAGACUACGGAGAAGGGGCUGUUAUGGGUGUACCUGGCCAUGACGUUCGAGAUAAUGCCUUCUGGAAACAUCACCACUUUGACCAACCCGUGCGAAUGGUACUUGCGGCAUCGGAGGAUGAAUCGACCGAACUCCUUCUAAACGAGCCAUUCGUAACGCAUGGAGUGAUGACUGAACACAGCGGACCAUUCCGUGGAAAAUCCUCUGUGGAGGCAGGCGAGAUGAUGGUUAAGAUGCUGGAGCAAGCUAACCUAGCUGAAGUUGUCGAGAAAUGGAGACUACGGGAUUGGCUGAUCAGCCGUCAGAGAUACUGGGGUACGCCGAUCCCCAUUAUUCACUGUGAUUCCUGCGGUGCAGUUCCAGUUCCUGAAGAGGAUCUACCAGUGAGGCUGCCCGAGGUGGAUGACCACUGGGCAGAUGGCAAGACGGGCAAUGCGCUGGACGCUUCGCCGGACUUUGUCAACACCGCAUGCCCUAAGUGCCAAGGCGCGGCGCGACGGGACACCGAUACAAUGGAUACUUUUGUCGAUUCUAGCUGGUAUUAUGCACGCUACGCAGAUCCGCAUAACGCCAAGGAAUUGUUUUCACCAGAGGCCGGGAGAACGCUCCCCAUAAACACCUACCUAGGUGGCAUCGAACAUGCCAUCCUGCAUUUGCUCUAUGCACGGUUCAUAUUCAAGUUCUUGGCAACAACACCAAUGCUGCCCCAAUACUCCGAGGAGGACGGUGCGGUUGCGGAGCCAUUCCGGAGACUAAUCACUCAGGGCAUGGUCCAUGGCAAGACAUAUGUCGAUCCCGGCAAUGGGAAGUUCCUCAAGCCGUCUGAAGUAGACCUUUCCGACCCCAAGAACCCCAAGGUCGCUGCUACUGGGGAGCUGGCGACAGUGAGCUUCGAGAAAAUGUCCAAGUCCAAGUACAAUGGGGUUGAUCCUACAGAGUUUAUAGCCAAGUACGGGGCCGACUCAGCGCGCGCGCACAUGCUGUUCCAAGCACCUGUUGGGGAUGUUCUCAACUGGGAUGGGAAUAAAAUUGUAGGAGUGACCAGGUGGUUGCAGAGAGUACAUGACUAUAUCUCAAAGGUAGCAGAGACAACUACCCCCGAACAACACAGCACAGUGCUUGACAAUCUCUCGGAGAGGCAUGCAAAGCUUGAUAGCAUGAGCAAAACCGAGCUUGCCGAGUGGGAUGCGGAUACCGCGGUAUGGCGAGCGGUGCAGUACACGAUUGGAUCGGCUACAAAGUCCUUUGAGGAAAUCUACUCGCUGAACACAGUCGUAUCCGAUCUUAUGACUCUGACAAAUACACUAGGCCAUCACAAGGAAGCAACGGGCGUGGUCAAGCGGGAGGCAUCAAGUGUUCUCGUUCGUAUACUUGCCCCGAUCGCGCCAGCUUUUGCUGAGGAGUGUUGGAGUGUGUUGCACCCCGAAUCUCGGACUAGCGUUUUCGCUCGCGGCAUGUUCCCCGUCCAGGACGAGAGCAGCCACUUGCUGCAGCCACGAAACCAGCCGUGCGCUGUGCAGAUUAAUGGCAAAUUGAGAGGAGUAGUAGAGAUCCCACCUCCUCCCGAAGGUCUCGAGAAGGAAGCUCUACAGAAAUGGAUGGUUGACGCGAUCCUGGAGACCGAAGAGGGCCAAGCCCGGUUCGGCCAGGAAUCGCUAUACGACCUUCGACUCGCGAAAAGGGCGAUCGCGGUGAGGGGUGGGAAGACGAUCAACUUUGUGUUGUAG